AUGGAGCCUGGCUGUGGCAGCCAUACUGCCAUGGAGCGCGUUAGGGCUCUUUGCAAGCGAGGCGUGGAGCAGGAGCCUCUGGGUGGUCCAGUGCUCCCAAAAGGGCCUGGUGGAGACUUCCUCUUUCAGGUAAUGCUCUAUCGAAACGGCCCUGACACCAAGAUUGGCCUGAAACAUGUGGUGAAGGGCGGCCAGCUCUUAGUUCACGAUAUCGUGAAGGGAGGCCUUGUAGAUCAACACAAUGAGUCGAUGCUCCGACAGGCUCCUUCAUCCCUGGCCUACCUUCGGCAGGACGAUCUUCUUGCAGCUGUGACUGAUGCCGAUGCCAUGAUCAUCCGCAGCGAUAUUGUGGACCAGGCAGUGCUGGACAAGGCUGCGAAGAUGAAGAUCGUGGUUCGUGCAGGCGCUGGCUACGACAACAUCGAUCUGAAGGCCUGUGAGGGCAAGGGGAUCACUGCCAUGAACACUCCCGGUCAGAAUGCCAAUGCCGUGGCGGAGCUCGUCUUUGGCAUGAUGAUCGUUAGUGCCCGCAACAACUUCGAUGGCACCAGCGGUUUCGAGCUGGUGAACCGUGAGAUCGCCUUCUACGGCUUCGGAGCAGUUGCUCGUGCUGUUCACAAGCUGGCGCAAGGCUUUGGCAUGAAGAGCUUUGCCUACGAUCCUUACAUCCCCGCCGACAAAAUCAAGGAGAUGGGGGCUGAGCCCGUAGCGACUGUCGCGGGCCUCUUCGAACACCAGUAUGUCUCUCUCCACGUGCCUCUCACCGACGAGACGAAAGCCUCGAUCAACAAGGAGCUGCUGGGGAAGAUGCCCAAGGGCGGCACACUGAUCAACACCGCGCGACUGGAGGUGGUUCACGAAGCAGACAUGAUCGAGGUUCUCAAAACCCGUCCUGAUUUCUGCUACCUCUGCGACGUGGCACCCAAGGACAUUGAGCCCUUCAAAGCCGCCGUGGGCGACAAGUAUGGCAAGAGGUUGAUCUUCACGAAGAAGAAGAUGGGUGCCCAGACAGCCGAGGCAAACGACAAUGCCGGCGUAGCGGCGGCGAACCAGAUUGUGGGCUUCUUCGAGAAGGGCGAGACACGCUUUUCUCUGAAAGCCUGA